AUGGCCGAUCCGCUUUCUGUCGCCGGCAGCAUCGCCGGUCUUAUUUCUGUAGCAGACACUGUCUUCAGACUCGUUUUCAAGUACGCAAGGUCUGCAAUCAAUGCCAAGGAGGAAGUCAAAACUCUCGCCGACGAGAUCCAGGCAUUAGCCGGGGUCCUACAGAGUCUCCGUCUUCUUGCAAGCGGACUAGAAGCAGAAGGGACUUCUUUCGACCCUACUAUUCGAGCGCACCAUCUCGGAUCGUUGAGCAGUACCCUCGGCCGCCUACAGCAGCGAGUGGAGAAGGCGCACACGAAAUUUGAGAAGGAUUCGAAGGCAAAAAAGAUACUUCAGCAGGUCAAAUGGCCUUUUUCGACUGGGGAGACUAAAGAGCUUCUGGAGGACCUUAUCAGACAUAAAACCACCAUCUCCCUCGCGCUCUCUGUUGACUCAAUGCAAAAACUUCAGCUCUGCUUAGGAAAACAGGAGGUGCUUAGCCAAAGUCUGUCUUCCAUGGCGAACGCUGUAAAGAGGAUAGAGAUAUACACCCAAAUCACAAUGAGCGAUUCCAAGAAAGCCGUACUGGAUUUCUUCAUGAAGGCCAGCCCACAGCCGAACUUAGAAACGAGCGUUAAACUUCGACAACCCAUGACAGGACUCUGGCUCACCGGUUCACCGAGCUUCACCACUUGGCUAGAGACACCAGGCUCGAAGCUGUGGUUGAGUGGCAUACCAGGAGCUGGCAAGACCGUGCUAGCCGGUGCUGUCAUCCAAGACGCACUAACACGCAGUUAUUCCCAACCUGAAGUCGGUGUUGCAUUCUUCUUCUGCGACUACAAGGACUCGACCACCUGGGACAUCGUCAAAAUCCUUGGCGCAAUAGCUUCCCAACUUAGCCGACAGAACGAUGACGCAUACAGCAAAUUGCAGGCUUACUACGACCAGUUACAUCCUGCUAGGCAUCUUGAAAAGAGCUUGGAUACAGAAGAUUUGAGAGCCAAGAUAACCGAGAUGUCGGAGCAUUUCAAACAAAUUCUCGUUGUUGUAGAUGGGCUCGACGAAUGCGGAGACAACACCGAUCUUGUGGUAGAAACUCUCUCCGAACUUGCUAAUUACACACCAAACAUGUCUAUGGCUUUACUAAGUCGUCAUGAAGUCAAUAUAGAGGAGUGGCUUCGAGAAGACUUCGAUCAUAUUCCCAUCGCCGCAAAGAGCGACGAUAUCAGGCUGUACGUUGGAGCAGAGAUGGAUAAACGAAUUCAGAACCGGCAGCUUCGGAUCACGAGUCUGGAGCUGAGAGACGAGAUCAUGAACAGGCUCGUCGAGCGCGCUAAAGGGAUGUUCCGAUGGGUUGCAUGCCAACUCGACUACCUUUGUGAUUGCGUCAAUGACGCAGACCGACGCGAAGCCCUGAACGAGCUGCCCCCAGAUCUUCCGGAGACUUACCGUCGCCUUCUGGAGAGAGUCGACAAGUGUCCCGCAAAAGUGAAAUCGUUGGUGCAGAUGUGCCUACAAUUCAUCGCCUUCGCGUCUCCGCCGCUGACGAUCCUUCAGCUUCAACAAGCCGUUUCAGCCCCUCAAACUUUUGGCGUAACAUUGGACGAGUUAGAUCUGAUUUCAGAAUAUGAGAUCGCCAGGAGAUGUAGCAGCCUGAUCCGUAAAUCCGAAGAUGGGAACCGUUUUGAAUAUUCGCAUUUUUCGGUACAAGAGUUUCUCACAGACGCCACUCUACUUAACUCGUCGGCGUUGGAAAGAUAUCAUCUAUCAGAACCACACAGCUACACACUCCUAGCCACGCAGUGUCUUAGGUUUCUGCAGCUGAAGAAUUUUGGAAGGCAUCCCGAGCCCUCGGAAGAGGAAGCCGUGUACAUCUCUCAAAGGAACCUUGAAAAUCCAUUCUACGAGUACGCAGCAAUACUGUGGCCGAAAUUUGCCAGAAACUACUUCGGAGACCCCGUGCUUUUCAAUCUUGCCAUUUCGCUGUUUCGACGGCCGAAAACCGUUCACUUUCUAGCAUGGAGCGUCGAGUUCCUUCGCCACUUUCAUGAUGGGGAUAAAGUUUGGCAGUUUCCACGUUCCCCAGAAGACAGCGCAGGGAGCCUUGACUUCUAUGUCCGCAGCGUGACUGAAGACUUUUUCUCUCCUUUGCAUCUAGCUGCUGCCCUCCAUAUUCCCGAGAUUUGCAAGUCUCUUAUCGCUGAUCAAUCAGACCUCAACCACAAUAGUGCCUGGGGAAGUCCCCUUCAGCUUGCUACGGCCAGCCUCGCUGCCUUUUGGAAGACCGAAGACCAAAAGGAGUCUUCUCCACAUGGGAAUUUAUGGUGCGAAGAGUUGAACUUAAGGUCAGACACAGCACGAAAGAACAGGCUUGAAACGAUUGAGCUACUCGUGGGUGCCGGCGCCGUAGUGACUAACUCGGCAUCGCAGGUAGGAUCAAAUCUGCUAGAUUUGUCGUUCCUUCUUGCGGGAGUCUUCUUGGACCUCUCAGCUACAAACAAGCUUAUGUCCCUCGGUGUAGUCCCGGGCCCAACAAGUUUGGAUAGCUUCGGUAGAUGCAUGUCAACAUGGGAUCAAAAGAUGGAAUGGGAUAUCCAGUACGAAAAGAUGAAGGUCGUUAUGAGUGAUACUCUACGCGACUUCCUCAAUCACAUCAUCAUUACACGGAUUUAUGGGACGGAGCUUGGGCGCCAAAUUGCAUCUAUAGCGUGGACGGCUGCUUCUCAACUUUUGUUUUCCUUUGAAUGGAACAUCAACCCCAUGGUUUCGGACUCUACUUGCACCGAAGAUCUCUUGCGUGCAGAGGCAAUGAGCGCGGUCCUUUGUGAUGAUCCCCAAAUCUUGCAGGAUUGUUUGAAGGAUGAAAAAUUGGAUAUUCGAGGAACGUUUCACCCAUCUCUCGACCGUCCGUACUACGGUUGUUCUUUGCUACAUGUGGCCGCGCAGGAGAGGUCUGAAUCCGUCAGCCAGAUCCUGGUAGAAUCCGGUUGCGACCUAAAUGCCCCAGACUCUGAUGGGGUACUCCCUAUCCAUUUAUGCGCUAGGUAUGAUAAUCGUUCCACCUUAGAAGUUUUUCUGCAAAAAGGCGCUUCACACCUUGCCACCGACUCAAACGGUAAAAAUCUGUGGCAUUAUUGUGUCGACUCUCAGCAUAAUUACACAUCGAUCUUGAGGAGGCUCCUUGAUUUGGACCAGGAUCAGACGACCGAGGCACUGCUGGCGAGAACACAUUCCGGCAUGACUCCCAUCCUAGAGGCGCUCACGGAUAGAUACUCUGAAGAGGCGGUCGCCAGAUUGCUCCUCGUCAUAGACCACUGCGCUGGAAAACCGCAGUUCUGGAAGGCCCAUGGCCCGGUGUUUGCCGCGGCAGCUGAGUUUGGUUCUGAAACUGUCAUCGAGCACCUUCUACAGGCUGGUGCAGACCCAGAUCCAAUUAGAAACGACAACUUCACCCCUUUGCAUCAGCUCGGAUCCGACGCAACUCCCGAAUGUGCGCAGAUUCUGAACGGCAUUUACCCAGAGGCUCACCAACUUCGUUUCCAGGGGCAAACCCCUCUCGAAAGGUACAUUGAAGGACAGUUCAAGUUGAAUCGUAUGCCGCAGCAGGGGGUGUUAGCCGUUUUAGCGACCCAAGACGCAGUUUCCUCCCAGGAUACCGAUGGGGAAACAGUCUGGUCAUUCUGUUGCAAACAAGUCCCAAUCAGAUCGGCAUCAUGGAAUAAAGUGGAUACUCUUUAUAACGGCUUCGAUUAUGUCAUUUCAACACUUCUUCGCCUCGGAGCGAUGGUAUCGUAUGAGGAAAUGAAGCGGAAGCCAGGAACAGACCCUAAAGAAGUAUUGCUCGCUCUUCUUUCACAUUCAGCAGAGGAAGAAAUGAAGGAUUGCAGUCCCCACGGCCUGGGCCUCGGCCUUCUGCACAUGGUCGUCGAGGCUCAGCAUGGUAGAAAAACGCUCACACACUGGCUCGUCAAUGAGCUAACUGCGCGGGGCAUUGAUAUCAAUGGCGAAGCGAUGUUUAAACCAGGUUAUACUCCUCUGGUGCAUCACUUGUCCCGUGGCGCUUAUGGGAUGGCAGAGGUACUGCUCGAGUUGGGAGCAAAUCCUUUCGUGAACAGUGCCUUCGAUCCUGUUCGAGCCUCCCUCACCGAAAGCGGCACAUCGUUCUUGAAACGGCUAUUACGCUACUCGAAUGAGACUGGAACGCCCGUUCAAUGGAAUGGCAUUUUCACGUGCGCAGUUAAAUUUGAAGGUAGUUCAAAAGACAUAGAAGGCGUCACUUCGUUACAUUACAUCGCGGGGCAAGGGCUGAACGAAAUCAUGGACUUUUACAUUGACGAGAGCCUCUUAGGGGACAUCAACGUAAUGACUGUCGAUGGAUAUACUGCAGUACACCUCGCUGCAAUCCAUGAUCGAGCAGCCGCCAUCCACCGGCUUCACGUUCAAGGAGCCAACCUUGCCAUAGAGAGCCAUGAUGGAAGCACCGCCCUGCAUCUAGCAGUUCGAGCGGAAGGUCUGUCAGCAGUCAAAGUUCUCCUCGAAUCGGGGGCAAAAAGCUCACUAGACGCUGUCGCAAUGACUCCCAUGAUGUAUGCAUCGGCCUUGAAGAAUGAGGACAUGAUCACACUUCUGGACCAAUACCUUCCUCUCGGUGUGGAGACCUCGUCUUCCGUCGACAUAAACUCCAUAUCUCGGAAACGCAUGAUACUUCUAGCACGAUCUCUUGAGCAUGCAAUCAUGAGAGACAAUCUUGAGGAGUGCCAGAGGCUAUAUCGCGCGGGCUGUUCGCUUGACACGAGUAUGCCAAGCUGCCACGGAUGCUCGCCUAUGAUGAAAGCUAUACGCUACGAACGGUUGCACAUAGUCGACUGGCUCUUACAGUGCAAAGCGACGACUCUGAAAUCAGCUUGUGACCAUCCCGGCGGCUAUAGUGCCAUUGAAAUCGCCAUCUCGUACACCAGUUUGAACCCCAUACUCUACAGGUUGCUCAUCCAAUACAUAGAGCAGGGCGGUGGUAUGCCCGACGGUACUCAUUACCCCCUAGAGUGUGCUAUAAGAAGCCAUAAUACAGAGGGGUUAAGAAUAUUCUUGGACUUCGUGAAAGAACUAGCUGAAGGCAUCAGGCAAGUCGCGCCGCAGACCCAUUUGACAUCUUCCUCGCAAUCAGCAUCACCAAAACUUGCAAACGUGGUUAACCAACGCAUAUACUCCCUCAAAGGCGACAUAUUUUACACACCGCUCCACGUCGCCGUACAAUACGGGAAUAUCCCAGCCAUCGAACUUUUGCUCAAUAGGGGCGCAACUGUUGAUGGAUGUGACUCCAACUAUUUGACUCCCCUGGAAUGCGUCCUCACACAAAGCUUCGUGGUUGGGUACGCUAGAUGCGACAAAGAAACUACGUCCGACGCUGCUGUGCGUCUAGUCCAGCAGGGAGCGGCAACGGGGAUACCCUCAGAGGAGGAUUUCGGAGAAAAAAGCUUCUUGCACGGCGCAAUGUGCUAUAGCGGGUAUUCAGAACUAUCGCCUGGCUGGAACAGCGCAUUGCAGAAGGUGACGCCCUUUCCAUGGCACCACCACUGGCCCGAUUUUCACAAGAUGGCCUUCUUGACGAGCAGUUUCGAAUUAUAUCGGCGACGACUACCUCAUGACGCUCUUAAGCGGAUCAUGAAUCUCCAGCCAGAACGCGGAAUAAGCCCUCUAUGUCGAGCAUCUUCACGCGGUAUCCUGGAGAUCAUGGAAAACUGUCUCAUAAUGGGUGCGGAGAUCGACUUUGAAGGAUGCUCCAUCGGGUCAGCUCUGAUGAUAGCUUGUGCAUGUGGCCGCUUGGAUGCUGUGAAGCUCUUGGUGCGGCAAGGCGCGGCAAUCUCCUACGUUGGCAAAAGAGGACUGACCAGUGCCGUGUUAGCGGGCAGUCGGUCUGAAAGAGUUAUCGCCUGGCUCCUCGUCGGGCAGUUCGAUGAGCAGGCUAGGUUGAACAGCGGUGAUGAAGUGCCGUCCGACUCCAGAGUAAACAUGGAGAUUUGUCCAUGGAGCGGUAUUGGAACAGCAGCUCUUCGGCUUGUGGGUCGGCGUGAGAUGCAACCUCACGAGUCUAGUUUGGACUAUGCCGUGAGGCUCUCGGCUCUGAAGCGACAAAUGCGAGGGGUGGUUGUACCGCAGGGACUUUUCCCUUGAAUUAUCGGGAGAAAAGAGUAUCGGGAUAUAUGAGGAGGAGGCCUGGAGGCCGAGAUGAUCAUAACAAGUGGGCUACCUGGUAUCAAAGGAUAGAGUCCCUUGGGCCCGUAUACGAGUGAUUCCCUUGUUAUUGGGUUGGAGCUAAAGGAGAAGAGGAAGGCGAUCGGAAAGGCUCCCUCUGAAGGUGCUGCGCCAACGUCAACCUUUAGCCGUGGUAUAUUGGAGGGCAAGUUCGCUCGAAACUUGUGAGACUGAAACCUGGCGGCUGUUGGGAGUUAUUCAAUCUAACACUCUUAGGCACGUGACUUCUCGAAUCUUUCCGGUCACGUGCAGGACUACAU